GCUGUAUUAGUCUACACGUACCCUGCGAUUGGAUGGCGACCAGUCCGGGGUGGAGCCCGCUUCUGUCGCCAAAGGCCAGCAGGGAUAGUGUCCAGAGCUCACCUGCCACCCAAAGGUGGUCCAAGCGCCAUUGGGAACGGAUAGAAAUGCAUAGAAUAUUCUGUCUGAUAUCUCUUGUGCUUUGUGUGCAACGACAGGAAACGCACAAACUGUACAGGCAAAAACUGGAGGAGCUGACCAAUCUUCAGACGACCUGCAGCGGCGCCAUCGGAAAACAAAGGAAAUGUCUCAAAGACCUCGGACGCAGCCUAAGCAAGUGCGCACGAGACUGCGAUGAAAAGCAGAUGCAAGUGCUAGCGGACAUCCAAAGUCAAAUCAAAGAGAGAGAGAACGUCUUCUUCGAUAUGGAAGCAUAUUUACCAAAGAAAAACGGACUGUACCUGAACUUGGUCCUGGGCAACGUGAACGUGACGCUCCUCAGCAACCAGGCCAAGUUCGCCUACAAGGACGAGUAUGAGAAGUUCAAGCUUUACAUGACCAUCAUCCUCAUGUUCGGGGCCAUCACGUGCCUCUUCUUCCUCAACUAUCGCGUCACCGAUGAAAUCUUCAACUUUUUGCUGGUGUGGUACUAUUGCACGUUGACGAUAAGGGAAAGUAUCCUGAUGACCAACGGCUCCAGGAUUAAAGGGUGGUGGGUUUCUCACCAUUACGUGUCCACCUUUCUGUCCGGUGUCAUGCUCACCUGGCCAGAGGGGCCCAUGUAUCAGAGGUUCAGAAGUCAGUUCCUGGCUUUCUCCAUCUACCAGAGUUUUGUGCAGUUCCUCCAGUACUACUACCAAAGUGGCUGCUUGUACAGGCUGCGGGCUUUGGGGGAGAGGAAUCAGCUGGACCUCACAGUGGAGGGAUUCCAGUCGUGGAUGUGGAGAGGCCUCACCUUCCUUUUGCCCUUCCUCUUUUUUGGCCACUUUUGGCAGCUGUAUAAUUCGGUGACCCUGUUUCGCUUGGCGAGACACGACGACUGCAAGGAGUGGCAAGUGUUUAUGCUGGCUCUUACAUUCCUGGUCCUGUUCCUGGGUAACUUCCUGACCACAUUAAAAGUGGUCCACCAGAAGGUUCACAACAAGCAGGACAGUGUGAAAAAAAGCGACUGAGAUGCUCUCCACACACUUGGAUUUGUAUUUUGGAUUUUUUUUUUUCUCCUCUCUUCUCCGGAAAGUCAAGAAACGGCCGGACAGCCUUACCACGCAGGCGUCCGUGGCUUUUUCCUCACUCUUUCUCUCAGGUGUUGACGGCAACGCUGCGAGGGUUCCAGUCGCUGCCGCUGCUGCAGGCCCUCAACAACGUCCACUUUACUGCUCCAUCCUGUACAUAAAAACGACACAAUUGACAAUUUGUUGUGCACUAAUCGAAGCUUAUGCAACGACGAGAGGGAUCCACCUUGCCUUUGGACUGCCUGACGUUUGUCACGUCCACUGUUUGUGGUUCUCGCUGUGUACCGCGGCUCUAGCGUCCACACGAGCUCGAGAUCUACUACAGUAGAUCUCUUCCUCGGGAAUACAGUGAACUCCUGCAUAUUCGCGCUGUGGCAUUCACGAACUCACCUAUUUGCUGAUUAUUUUUUUAGGGAGCCAUCCCCCGUUAUUUGCAGAAACCCCCGCUUAUUUAUGUUUGUCAAAUUUUUGUUUUCCCCCGAUUUUUUUUUUUUAAACCAGUGAUUAUAAGGGAGCGUUCAUUAUUUGCCGAAUUUUUUUUUUUUUUUUUUUUUUUUUUUUUAAUAUUUAUUAUGAUUAUUUUUUUUCUCUCCUUCUUCCCCAUUUACGGUCAGGUUUGGUCCCUUGCCUGUAUUCUAUUCUCUGUUAUUUGCUGAAAAACGAUUUUCCGUUUUUGUGUGCUCAGGCCGAAGCAUUAAGUGUUGCUUUGGCGCCAACUUGUGGCAUGUUGGUGCCAAGGAACUACAGCGGUACCCCGACGUAAGAGUGUCAUUCGUUCCGUAACUCUGAUCAACUUUCCCUCUUGAAAUGAAAGGAAAGGCCGUGAAUCAGUUCCAGCCUGCCCAAAAACACCCCAAAUGUGUUUUUCAUAAGAAAAAUAGCACUGCAUCGUAUUGUACUUGACUGGCGUUCUAGUCUUAAAUGAGUCCUUCCGCUAUCAUAGAAGUACUAUACUGGUAUUGCUUCGCCAAGUCGACUACACGCACUCGUCAGUCGUGUUUUGCCAUCAUUUCAAACUUAAACUCAAUAGACAUCGCUGCUGCUGCUGCUGCUUCUUGUCACUGCUCACAUUUCCCCCAAAUGCGUGAACAAAUAAAGUGGAAAUGCGAGUAGAAAGCACACCAGAUUUGUGGGGUAACCACGUGAACGGAUGGUGGCCGGAUGUUGUGACGUCUGCUGCCGCCAUCUAGUGGCUCAAGCUGACUCGCGAGUCCACAAUGGCUCGUUUCGUGUUCGAGUGAGUUGAGGAGCUUCAUUCAGUCAAAAGUAGUGCUUUGCUGCCAUCCUGUGGCCAUUGCAAACCUUUUAGGGGGGCGUCGCUUACGCUAAACUGGGGGGGGUUCACUGUACUCCAAAUGAUCCUAAAUGUUUACAUCGAACUCAUUUCCACAGACGCACUAGUGAGGAUCGUCAACUUCACAACUUUUUAUGUUCUUAGCACGACAGAUGAAUCACCUUCCAUGUGUUUUGAGUUUCACCACUUGAAUGUCUGCGUUAUUAUGUCAUGUUGCACAAGUAGGAUUUUGUUCCUCCCGCUUUGGCGUCAGUACUGUAAACGUUCACGUACACGUAGAACAAGGAAAGGACGGGACCAUUUUUCUUAACAGCGAGCAACAAAUUAAAUAUUUCUAAUAAGUCAGUUGAAGGAGCCAGGGGUCUUUUUAUUGACAUGAAUGCGUAGUUAAGUUGGACGAGUGGCUUCAUUUUGAUCACUUUUUUUUUUUUUAACUGUGGGUAAAACUAAUCAAGAUGUUCACACAAGUAAAUGAAAAAGAAAAUAUAUAUAUAUAUAUAUAUAUAUAACAAGAUUGAAUGUAGGCAGUACAGUACCCUGGUGGUUAAUACAGACGUCUCACAGUUUGAGGUUCUGGGUUCGAAUCUGUGCUCUGGCCCCUUGAGUGGAGUUUCGUGUUGUGCCUUCAGUGUGAAUGCCGACGCUUGUUUCAUUGGUUCCGUGGUGAAGUGGCCGCUGUUGCCAAAGGCAACCGUUGACUGUACGUACAGUGGAGUACAGGGGUCGCUCCCGACAUACGUCAUUCCGAGGUUACGAACGGCGCAAGACGGUACGCUCAGCAGACGCCGUACUGACUUUUCUUUUUUUUUAAUUUUUUUAUUGCAGUUUCUUAUUUAUGGCCUCGGGAGUGCUUUUCAUAUGGAAAUGUAUACCGUAGGACUUGGUACUGCGUUAGCAUAGGUAGUGAAAGACUUAUGACGUUCCGACUUACAAAUUGGUCACCAGAUACGUAGUUAACGAGAUGGAAUGGAUUGAGGGCUAGUUUUGUUUUUGCUUUAUUAAUCCUGUGAAGGAAAUUAAUUUAAAUGAUUAAAAUACAGUUUACAGUCAAAUGAUUCAUACCCAGGCUGUUACAUGAAUUGCUACUUUUAUAGCUGGAAGUGACACAAGAAGGUUGCAGAACACUGAAAGGUUUACUGUUAUUUUUUUUUUAUUUAUUUUUUUUUUACAUGCGGUACAUGUUUUCAGUAUGAGCACACCCAAUGUUUUUCAUAAAAGUUAUCAGGAUGGUGCAAAAGAUUGCAUAUCAUAAAAAAUGGUCAGGGAUAUCAUAACUAAAAAAAGUCAAACAUAAAAAAAAAUAAACAUUUUGAAUGCUCUCUUAACACAUCAUCUCA